AGAGGGAGAGGGAGAGAGAGAGAGAGAGAGAGAGAGAGAGAGAGAGAGAGAGGUCGAGAGUGAACCCGAGGAGGGGAAAACGACGGCCGUCCGGGUCGGACGAUACGAUCCAGCUGACACCCCCCCCCCCCCCCAAUGAGGACAAGUGCUAUAGAAAAUGGAUGGAUGGAAAUGGGAGUUUGCAGAGGCGCCAGCUCAGGAGAGGGGGAGGACUGAGUGACUGAGUGGCCUGCUGCUCCUGAGGGACUUUGAUUUUCUGCAUUUUUAGUUUUGACUUUUUAAAGUUGCUUUUGUCAUGCCGUCCAACAGUCCUGCAGUCACCGAACUGCCCCAGACACCAGAAAACAAAACCUCCAACGAUGUGAGUGAAGAUGGAGCAGACCAGGACAGUCCAGAGGAGGCGACUCUGGAGAGCCCACCAAACAAGCGUCGAGUGGGACGUCCAAGCAGGAAACGCAAACAGUUUCUUCCUGAGAUGGCAACGUCUGACCCCUCCGCCCCCUCAACUCUACCGGGGGAGCUGGAUCCCUUACCCUCCCCUCGCAAGAAACGUGGGCGUCGGAAACUAGAACAUAACGACAGGAAUAAGGAUGAAGCAGACGACAGAAGCUGUGACUCCCCAAGAGAGGGUGAAACAGGGAGGUUGCGUAGGAAGCCAGUCCCCAGAGUGACUUUCCAGGCUGGAGAUCCGUACUACAUCAGCAGGAGACAGAAAGAAGAAUGGCUCAGUCGCUGGAAGAUGGAGGCAGAGAGACGAGCUUACAGGGAAGCUGAGAUGUGCAUGAUGGAUGACCUCACAUCAGAGGUAGACUUUCAAAAAGAGGAGGAGCCGGGCAGCCCAGACCCCCCGUCAUCCAGCCCUGACCAUUUGCCAUCCCAACAACAAACGGAUCCCGCCUCGCCAACCGUUGCCGUAACACCAGAACCGGUCGCUAGAGGAGAGCAGGCAACGCCCAGGGAGAUCGAAUACCAGGAUGGCAGAGGCUUUGGCAUUGGCACGUUAGUAUUCGGGAAGCUCCGAGGUUUCUCCUGGUGGCCUGGCAGGAUUGUUUCCUGGUGGAUGAGUGGCCGUAGUCGAGCCGCUGACGGGACACGCUGGGUCAUGUGGUUUGGAGACGGCAAAUUCUCCGUGGUUUGUGUGGAGAAACUUAUGCUGCUGAGCUCUUUUUCAUCUGCCUUUCACCAGCCCACUUACAACAAACAGCCCAUGUACCGUAAAGCCAUCUUUGAGGCUCUGCAGGUGGCAAGUAUGCGAGCAGGACGACCCACCCCUUCCUGUGACCCGAGUGACGAUGCCGAAGGUGUCGAGCCUCAGACCAGACAGAUGAUAGAAUGGGCUAUGACCGGCUUUUUACCCAGCGGGCCACAGUCACUGGACCCUCCUGAGGAGGAGCAGAAUCCAUAUAAAGAUGUAUACUCUGAGAUGUGGGCGGAACCAGAAGCAGCAUAUACCCCCCCCCCUGCCAAGAAACCUCGCAAGAAUGCCGCGGAAAAAGCCAAGAUAAGAGAGGUGAUCGACGAAGGAACCAGAGAGAGGCUUAUACAGGAGAUUAAAAAGAAAACCCGGAACAUAGAAGAUAUUUGCAUCUCCUGUGGAAGCCUCAACGUCUCUCUGGAGCAUCCCCUCUUCAUGGGAGCAAUGUGCGUGGGUUGCAAAAAUUCAUUUCUCGAGUGUGCCUACCAGUACGACGAUGAUGGCUACCAGUCCUAUUGCACCAUCUGCUGCGGAGGCAGGGAGGUGCUCAUGUGCGGCAACAACAACUGCUGUAGGUGUUUCUGCGUUGAGUGUGUGGAUCUGUUGGUCGGAACCGGCUCAGCAGCGGCAGCCAUCAAAGAAGACCCUUGGAACUGUUACAUGUGCGGGCCCCGAAACGCCUAUGGAUUACUGCGGCGACGGGACGACUGGCCUUGCCGACUACAGCAUUUUUUCGCCAACAAUCAUGAGCAGGACUUUGAGCCCGCAAAGUUGUAUGCUCCCGUUGCAGCGGAGAAGAGGCAGCCAAUCAGAGUCUUAUCACUGUUCGAUGGGAUCGCUACAGGUCUGUUGGUGCUAAAGGACCUGGGCAUCCAGGUUGAUAAAUAUGUGGCGUCUGAGGUUUGCGAGGACUCCAUCACCGUUGGCAUGGUCAGACACCAGGGACGCAUCAUGUACGUGGGCGAUGUACGCAACGUAACCCAUAAACAUAUUGAAGAGUGGGGACCAUUUGACCUGGUUAUAGGAGGAAGUCCCUGCAAUGACCUUUCCAUAGUAAACCCUGCACGAAAGGGCCUUUAUGAGGGAACUGGGCGAUUGUUUUUUGAGUUUUACCGUCUGUUGCAUGAGGCUCGUCCGAAAGAGGGCGACGAGCGUCCUUUCUUUUGGCUCUUUGAGAAUGUGGUCGCCAUGGGAGUCAGUGACAAACGGGACAUAUCUCGCUUUUUAGAGUGCAACCCUGUGAUGAUCGACGCCAAGGAAGUUUCUGCUGCCCACCGAGCUCGAUAUUUCUGGGGAAACCUGCCCGGCAUGUCAAGACCCCUGAGCCCCAUGACGAAUGACAAGCUGGACCUGCAAGAGUGUCUUGAGCAUGGUCGUACUGCCAAGUUUGAGAAGUUGCGUACGAUAACGACUCGCUCCAACUCUGUGAAGCAGGGGAAAGAUGAGCAUUUCCCCGUUUACAUGGACAACAAGGAGGACAUCCUGUGGUGCACUGAGAUGGAAAGGGUGUUUGGUUUCCCAGUCCACUACACUGACGUGUCCAACAUGAGUCGGCUGGCGAGGCAAAGGCUGCUGGGACGUUCGUGGAGUGUUCCCGUCAUCAGGCACCUCUUUGCCCCUCUUAAGGAGUACUUCGCCUGCAACUAGUCACACAACAACUCUCUCUCUCUCUCUCUCUCUCUCUCUCUCUCUCUCCUCUCUCUCUCUCUCUCUCUCUCUCUCUCUCUCUCUUUCAGAAACAGACACAACACACACAUGCGCACACACACACAGAGCACACACACCACUUUGUGACAACAGAUAACUGUACAUAAUACACAGCUUGUACAUGAAGGUUGGCUGACACAGAUGAAACAGAUGACCAGACAGACAUACACAUACACCGCACACACUGCUAAGGACUUCAUCCCUAGAUCCCGAAUAACCUGCUGGCUAAUCUUGUUCCCCAGGUGCUACCUUGCACACACGUAUACACAAAUAUACACACACACGCACACACGUGCUAGUGCAGUUUCUGUGCUAUAUGUCACACACAAACUUCCUUCCAACUGACCUUAAACUGAUGUCUUCUGAUAUUUUGCAUUAGUUGCAGUCUCCAUGAGGAAACAACACACAUCUCUCUCAAUACUCCACCAAAACGUAUGAUUACAAAUAUAAGGAUUUACACGCGCAACGGAGGUGGUGUAGUUGUAUUACUAAUGCAACCAAGAUAAAUAACAUCCAUACACACAUCCACCACACACUCCAGCUAAAAACCACGGUGCUGGCCGGGCUGUACUCGAGGUCCAAUGGUGCCACUUUCACGUGAAAUUUUUACUAUUCUUGGUGCUCUCAGAGACUUGUGGUCUCAGUUUGUUUUCAGUUGCUGCAGUUUUGGGUCCCUAACUCAUUUAAACCAAAUACUUCCAAGCAGGCACAGAUAUUGAACCAGCUAUACAGAGUAUACUCGAGGGCUGAGAGAGAAAGGAAAAAAAACAACAAUAAUCCAGGGGAUGCAAAAGGUUCUGUAGUUCUUGACCAACAAACUCCACUCGAUGAGGGGGAGGCAGACCUCUACUCUGGAGACACUAUGCUGGCUUUCGCCUUCCGAUGAGCGGAUCAGACGGUUUUUGAUUGCAUAGCAGUGCAGGCCCUCUUGAAAUUGAACAGAAUUGUUCACUUGGGAAAUCCCUUUCGGUCUGGUGCUUUUGGUCCCAAGUUGACCGCUUUUUCUAUAGAAAACCUUCCAAUCCUCUGACCUUCCUCAGAAACCAGCGAACAGCUGUACACAUACAUACAGUCGACACCCACGUGCACAAACAAUCAGAAACCGUAAACCAGCAGUUUUGUCUGUUGUUGUUUAUUUUAUUUUUUUCCACCAUCAUGUUUACUCUCUGUUUAUACAACCAAACUUCAGGUGCUUUUUCAACCAACCUUCAGGUGCUUUUUCAACUCUGCUCUUUAUACAAAGCUCUACAGUGCAGGUGACACACAGACAUAAAUACACACAGUUGCUGGAAACACCCUCAGUGUGGUGCUGAUGUACUCAAAAUACAUCAACUGUUGAUGGACAGUCCAUGCAUAGACGCUGUGCUUCUGCAGGACACCCGUCGCUGCCAGGCCUUCCACGGCACUGCUGGGUGUGACAUCAUAACCCUGCGCCGCAUUGGUGCUGUCAAAACCCCUUCCCCCCCAUUCCCCUCAGAUACUGCAUGUCGGUCCGUCAGUGUAAUCUCAUGUUAGAUUAGGGAGUAAUGAUGAUAAAAAUAAUAGUAGUAUUAAUUAUAAUAAUAAUCCGUUAUUUUGUGUGUGUGUGUGUGUGUGUGUAGGUGUGUGUGCGUGUGCGUGUGUGUACUGUUCAAGGUCGGUGCUCAGUUCAGUUCAGUUCAGUCUCAGCCAAGAGGGGAAAGAAGCUUGAGAAAAUAUAUUACAGUUUGUUAUUGUGACUUUGUCUUGUCGUGAGAACAGGAGGUGAAAGAUACUCUCAAACAAGAAAUGUGUUCAAACAACAACGACUGCAGCCUUGGAAUUGAGACAAAUCCACGAUUAUUUGCGAUACAGUGGAACCUUACAUUUCAAUCUACGGUCAAACAUUUGCAGAAAACGUCAAACGAACGUGUUUUUCUUUUUCUCUUUUUGUAUGGUGCUACCUCAGAAAGGUACCAGCGAAGGCAACGUGGAGAAAAGUGCCAGUGAAAACAUUAUAUCUGAAAAUCUUACCUAAUUCCUAAUAGUGGUAGAAGAGUGACAAAAGUGGUACACGCAUUUUUGUCACAGCAACAUCUUGACAGUAAUAAUAAAAAUGCCCCAUUUUUUUAUGUAACUUGAACCCCGCCCAGACCAACCAGCCCUACAGGAAAGAAAGCUGCGGAUCAGCUUGAACUCUUAUGCUAAUUAGCCAUAUGGUCAGUCAUUUAGUAUACACCCUGUUUAGUACAACAUAGUUAAACAUAGUCCAUCAAAAAUAAUAAUUAAAGAGAAAAGAUCUCCCGAAAGGAAUGGAUUUAUUAAGAUUUUGAAAUAGUGAGCUGUAAAUUGUGUAUUCACUCUUGAAAAAAAAUGCGUGAUUUACUAAGAUUAUGAUCUUUUGCUGAGGUUACAAAUAGUGGGCAAACUUGCGUGCUGUCUAAUAGAUUAUGUCCGCUGUUGGUAAUAGGUGUAAAAGUGGUGGACAUUGCUGUAUUUCAAAUAUGAAAUUUGAAGUGAUGGAAUUGGAAGUGUUAGUGGAUAAUACUGUAGUAACACAAAAGGAAUGUAUUGCUCCCAUCAUUUGGGAGAACCCAGGAACCUAACAAAAGCCACAUUUUGAGUAAUUUAACUUGCCCCAAGUAUGUGGGAAUUGGGUUCAUCUUCCAAUACUGCAUAACAUUGCAUUUAAAACAUGGAGGAGGGUAGCAUCAAUUGUCAACAUGAGCUGAAAUGGGCCAGACAAGGAAAGGCCGAGCUGAAGCAGUUUUGUUAUAUGCAAUGACAUGUCUUGAUGUCUUUGUUGUGAUUGACUCCAUUCAGGAGCUCUAAAUUUUUAUUGCUGAAUAUAUAUUUUUUGGCCUUUCAAAAUAGUUACAUGAGCAGAAAAGAUCCAUACUUCCCACCGCCUCUAUUUUUGCCUGCGUUACACUGGCACUGCUUUGCAUGCCUGGUUACAUCUGUCUUUCAGAUGAUAAUGGUCGCAAUUCAUCUCAGGUUUGAUAAAUUACAUUGCACGUGCCGCACUCAUCAUUUGCAUCUCAUGCUAACAGAGUGAGCAAAAUGAGCCGCGUGAAGAUUUUUCUCAUUUUUCUCACGUAUUCUGGGGUGCGUCGAGAUUAGCUGCCACACCUCUUUACGUGAGAAAUCAAAUUGUCCUCCAUUUCUGCAUGCACAAAACUUUACGGACCGGCUGUCAAGGUGUGGCAAUUACUGUACAUACAGAGUAAAAAAAAAAAAAGAAUGUGAUGCGCUUAAAAACGAAUGUUAAAUAAGCUUUCCUUUUCUUUGAGGUCAUGCGAUCUUCUUUUGGAUCAUGAGGUGUGUUUCCCUCCCCCCAUUUUUUGAAAAGAAGUUCUUGGAAGAUGCGUUUGUACUCAUUUUUGCUAUUUUGCAUUCUUAUUUUAGUAAUAUAUUACGUGACUGACGUGCAGUCUAGUGUCGUUUCAUUUGCGAGCGUUUCGUUCAAAGGAAUGAAUGUCCUCAGUGAACCAAAUGAAAUGAAUCAGUUUGUGAAAUGAUUUGUUUUUUUGAGCUUGCCUGCCACCAUGAGCAAGUCAUCUGGGAUCAGAGACAGAACUGUUCUGUGCAGUCUCCACGUGGGAAUUGCAAUGCGCAGCGCAGAACAUAUCAUCUCUGGUCAUUUUUCACACGUUUGACACGCAAAAAUCCAAUACAAUGGAAAUGAUAGAAAUUGGUCAUUCCUUCUAAUCGGUCCGGGAACAACGGCCUCAUGGACCGGUACCCGUCCGUGGACCAGGGGUUGGGGCCCACUACCGUAAACUAUUAAGUUACACCACUUAGACAGCGGCUUACUGAUUAUAAUACUAUUAUCCCAAUUAUUUUUACAAAUGUAUGAAAGUUAAAAAUGAUAAAAUGUUAACAUUGCACAAUAAAUAUAGUUUUGUUUUGUAUUAUAACAGACUGUUUGGCCCUUUAACAGAUUAUUUACUCGACAUUCCCAUUUUUUUUCUUAUUGGAAAAUAUGAUUUGAAAUCCAGACAAACACUCUUGUGUUCUACCUGAGAGGUUCCACUGUAUUCGUCAUCAACGGUUGUUUUUAGCCUGACGGUUCCCACUCACUCGAGGGAUGCUUGGACUCAGUGAGCAAAUUUUCCGCCAUACAAAAAAGUCGUUUUUAUUUCCACUGCUCUCGAGGUCGCAAUCCAGGCCAACGGGGCAGUUGACUGAUUUGUGAUAUCGUUCGAUCGGCACCGCCGUCAGUCCCGUUUGUGCUUUAGCUAAUUCCUUGCUGUGAUUUCUGACAAUGGUACAUUCCGAUCUGUUGCAGCUGUAUGUUAUUCGUUCUUGCAUGUUUAUUACAAACCGCGUUCAUACACUGAAUAGGAUCAGUUUCGAACAUCGACAGCACAAUGUUAUAUAGGCUGAGGUGAUUUUGUGCCAAUAACUCGCCGUUUUCUCAGACGCGGCCGUGUUUUUAGCCCUAAUCGAGCCCGAUUAUGCUCUUCUAAUUGCUUUAAUAUUGUUGACUUAUUAAGGCAAAUAAUGCACUUGAUUUGAUCAGUUGUGAGCCAAACAGGCUAGGGAUCACUGUCUCAGUUUGAGGUGUGAUGUGAACAUGUUUCUGUUUGAGAGUCCAAGGAGACAAGAGCUAGAGGAAUGCAACCAUAGUUUUGAUUGACACCUGUCAAUCGUUGAAAGAGUUGAUGUCGUCGUAAGACAGUGACGAUGGUUUGCCUAAUGACAGCUUUUAGGCUGAGUGUUGCGCAGUUUUCAACACUGAUAUCAGACUCCCACACACACAGACACACACACACAUCCCCCCAAAAAAUAAACACAAAAACAAUAAUAAAUUACUGUUGUUCAGGUACACACAGAGCAAACACUGCAUAUACACGUCCACAAACGCAACACUUUACAGACCCAAUGCUGCAGCGCAUUCAGAUGACACUCAUCUCAAGGACUACAUGAAAGAUGAGCUUUUAGGAAAAGUUGGAACUGCUGGUGUUUCAAAAAGGUGCUACAAUUGUUUUCUGAAAAUAAGACAAAAAAAUAUAUUGCUAGGAGUAUAAAAGUUUGUCUUUACAAUGACUGUAUUUAAGUUUGUUGUAGUAAUGAAGAGGCACUAUUAUUAUUUUACUCUUGUAUGAAUAUGAACUAAUUAAAAGGCAUUUUAACUUUGUACUUGAACAAUGUAAGAAAAGAACCGUGAAUAAAAAAAA